UACGCAUGUGGAUCUCCGAUGUGGCUGUCCGAAAGGGCAACGAGGCGUCGCUUUGAUGGCCCAAGGCGGAGCCCCAAGGGCCAGCGGCCAGCCAGCCACCCGACGACGCCGGUCAGCCUGCUCGUGCCAUCCCUCGCUGUCGCCUCCCGUCUUCCUCCCACCUGCACUGACGUUGACACUGACGUAAGAGCUUACCAAGUCCGGUCCCGAUGACGAUGAGCAGCGCGCCGCCGCCGCCAUGGACCCCACGCACACCACGCACACGUGGCGGCUGCAGCUGCAGCAGAACAGCUAUAGCACCGCUGCCCAUAUAACCAGCUCGAUUAGCUCAGCUGGACACGCACUCAUCACUUCACCACUCACCACCACCGACACACGAUCUAAACGUAGUACAGCGUCAUAGAGCACAAGCAAGAACUUGAUCGGCCACUGAGACAAGCCAAUCCAAUCCCCCCACUCGAUUAGCUAGCUAGAUCAGCCAUUGAUCGAUUGACAUCGUCAUGGAGGUUUGCAAUCUUGGCAAUAAUGCCAUGGAGGCUCAGCAGCAGCGCGAGCAGAGCCAAGCCGGGGGCUGCACCGACGACGACCCGGCGGCGGUGCUGACGUGCCUCACAUUCCUGGAGCAGAAGAUCGCGCACCUCCGCGCCAUCAUCGGCGCGGCGCCGCGCCCGCCGCGGCAGAUGGUGUCGGCCGAGCUCAGCUGCAUCGCCGUGCAGCUCGUCUCCAUCUCCAAGAGCCUCGCCGCGACCGGUGGCGGCGGGGCCGCGGCGGCGGACCAGGACGACGGCGCCGCCCGAUCGCCGGCCCCGAACGACGGCGACAGCGACUCGUCCGACCAUGACCUCCUCCACGCCGAGGACGACUACGGCGACGGCGACGGCGACAGCGAUGGCCGCAUGCCACCGGCCGGCUCCUACGAGGUGAUCGAGCUCGGCAAGGAGGAGAUCCUGGCGCCGCACGUGCACUCGUGCAAGGUCUGCGGCAAGGGCUUCAAGCGCGACGCCAACCUGCGCAUGCACAUGCGCGGCCACGGCGAGGAGUACAAGACGGCGGCGGCGCUCGCCAAGCCCGCCUCCGCGCCGUCGUCCUCGCUGGCCCGGUGCUUCUACUCCUGCCCCUUCGUCGGGUGCAAGCGCAACAGGGAGCACCGGAGCUUCCAGCCGCUCAAGACGGCCGUCUGCGUCAAGAACCACUACCGCCGGAGCCACUGCGACAAGAGCUACACCUGCCGCCGGUGCAACGUCAAGCGCUUCUCCGUGCUCGCCGACCUGCGCACGCACGAGAAGCACUGCGGCCGCGACCGAUGGGUCUGCUCCUGUGGCACCUCCUUCUCCAGGAAGGACAAGCUCUUCGGCCACGUCGCCGCCUUCGACGGCCACGCGCCCGCGCUGCCACCGGAGGACGACGACGCUGUUACCAAUGCUGUCGGCCUCGGAACUGGCUCUGGUCGCCUGACGACGAUGGACACCGAGGCAGUGAGCAGAAUGGCGAGCAUGGAGUUCUUCCCGGACGCCGUGCUCGAUGGUCUCGUCUGUUCUGACAUCAAGGGCUUCGCGCUCAUGGAUGGUGGACAAGGACAAUAUCUGGAGGACGACGACGGACGAGGGUCGCUCUCACCAUUGCCAAUGGGGCUCGAUUCCUGUGAUUUUGAUGGAUUUGAUCUCUUUGGGGCACCAGCAAUUGAUUUCUGAACUCAGGAGAAAACAAAAAAGAAAAAUGAAAACUGAUUUGUCCUCACUCAAUUGGCAUUUUGGCCUACAAAAACUAAAGAAUGAUUUGUCCUCACUCAA